CUCACAUAUGAUCCUACUACUCACGUUGGAUUGCAACUUGCAACAUGCCGAAUGCUGUGGAAAUACUACUACAUACAGUGAGUUGCACUUGAAGUGCAACUACUAAAUUCGCAUUUCGUUUGGCUUAAUCCUAGAGUCCAUGGAGAUAAAGUGUUUAAUACGUUGCAAGAAGCCCACUUUGACAACGCAGUAGCUGACAUGUAGCAUUCCUACCUAGCAAAAUGGUAUUCUUGCGCAAGUUCUUUGUCUUGAAACGGUUUCUUAAUUCUAAAGCAAAUGUGCAGCUCAUCAGACAAAGCGACACCAGUGGCAACUUCCUUCGAGAGAACACACAAGCUAAAGAUAACAGAGGCACGAUUGCUAGAAGAACAAUGACGUCUUGUGCUGCAACUUCAAGUCGGCAUGGACUAAAAAGAGUUUCAAUAGAGGGAAACAUUGCUGUUGGAAAGUCGACCUUUGCAAGACUUCUGGGAGCAGCUUGUCCAGACUGGGAGGUGAUGUCUGAACCUGUCAACAAAUGGCAGAACAUUGACAGCGGGACCUCAAAGGGGACAUCUACUCAGAAGACUGUGAGCAACCUGCUGGGGAUGAUGUACCAAGAUCCUCAGCGCUGGUCCUACACCUUCCAAACGUACUCCUGCAUGACCCGCUUCAAAACGCAGCUACAGCCGGCACCUGCUCACCUGCUCCACUCACAGGGAGUUGGGAUGCAGGUUUAUGAGCGCUCCAUCUACAGUGACAGAUACAUCUUCGCCCUGAACAUGUACGAGCUGGGUUGUAUCAACUCAACUGAGUGGGCAGUCUACCAGGACUGGCACUCGCUUCUGGUGGAACAGUUUGGACACCGGGUGGCGCUAGAAGGCAUCAUCUAUCUUAAAGCCCCUCCCGAGAAAUGCAUGGAGCGCCUAAAGCUGCGAGGGAGGCCAGAAGAAGAGACUGUGACACUUGACUAUCUCCAGAAGUUACACGAGCAGCACCAGAAAUGGCUUGUGGACAAAUCAACAGAGAUCCAUUUUGAGUGGUUGAAAAAGAUACCCGUGUUGGAGCUAGAUGCCAGCAUGGAGUUUCAGAGUAACCCAGCAGCACAGAACCACUUCAUCAAGCAGGUGAAGGAUUUCUUCACUGCUUUGCAAGGAGAGUCAUCAAAGUGAGAAGACACCAAUUAUGUCACUUGAAUCCUGGUGGAAAUGAGUUGAAUGGAUUGGUCAUUUACUGUCAUAAAUGAGACACAGCUACAGUUGGACUCUUUGAAGUUCAUUGUUAUUUCACUGUUUACUUCCAACAGUUUGUUCUAGAGCACACGCUGCUGUCAUUAGGCACAUAUGUAUUACCUCUAUUGCUAUCUAGUAAAAGCCUUGGAUCAAUUUUUUUGUCUUUAGAAAGCUAAUGCUCAGUUUCGUUCUCUGGUAUUAUUGAUUGGGCUAAUUUACAUGAAUGAGGAUUUGAAAAUUCAUUGAAAUUUUCCGAACUCUUAAGAUGUAAGGCAAGUAAUUCAACACCAGCACUAUGUGUCAACUCAAAACUGAGCAUUAAGGGUUUUUUAAAAGACAUGUUUUAACUCAUCUGCCUCACACAGUACGAAAAAAAGGAUUUUCAUUGCUACCCGGUUAAAAUUGAGGAGGUCAUUUUUUGCAUUGCGUUGUUGUAUUUUAAUACAUUCCUGGAUAUCAGUACCUCAAUAAAUGUAUCUCUUUACUUUGGUGGUCCUCGCUUGCUUCUACUUAACAGUGAGGUGUUAAUGGGUGUAUAGCUUUGUAGGUGUUAAUUGUUUAGUGAUUCCUGCUUGUUGAGAGGAUUAAGGGUACUUUCACUCUAGACCAUUGGUUCUUAACCUUGCUUAAUGUAUCGAACCCCAGUUUCACAUGUACAGUGGUAUGAAAAAGUAUCUGAACCUUUUGGAAUUUUCUCAAAUUUCUGAAUAAAAUCAAAUUUGAUCUGAUGUUUGUGAAAAUCACACGGAUGAAAAAAGUGCUUUUACUAAAACCACCCAAGCAUUUAUCGGUUUUCAUAUUUUAAUGAGGAUAGUAUGCAAACAAUGACAGAAGGGUGAAAAUAAGUAAAUGAACCAUCGCAAUACUGUUUGCAUUUGUGCAUUGCUAUAGAUGGAAUUGAGUUCUGUUGCUGCUGGUGCACAGAGAGAGAGAGGCUAAUAGAGAUACAGGAUGCUGUGGUCAAUUACUAUUACUUAUAAUUUCAUGAAAGUUGCACUGUUUGGCCUUUGAGAGCCAAAACUCAGGGUUUUAAAAAGUUUAUUCAGUUCAUUGAUUGUAUUUUUACCUUCUUACUGUUGGGCUAGUAUUAUACAUGUUUUAAUUUCACAAAUUUAGCACUGAUUUGGCCUUUGAAACCCAAAGAUUUAUUUAACUAUUGUACUCAUACCAGGUAUGCAAUAAAAGGUUCUACUGGAUUCACUU